GUCAGUAUUAAAGUCAGCCAUAUUGAAUGUAGAAAGUAAAUAAUAUAAACACGUGUCAAAAUGAAUGACAAACACAUCGCGGAGUAUUUAAUAGAAGAGUUAAUAAACAAUAAAAAUACGUCAAUAAAAACAAAAGCUGUGAAAAUAGUAGAGCAAAAAAGUAAUUUUAAGAAUAAAGAUAUUGUUAUUAAUUUAAAUCCUCUUGCAUGGAGAUCGUUGAUUGACAGAGAUGAUAAGUUGUUGGAUAAAAGUACAAAUAUCUUGGAUUAUUAUUUAAAAAAACAGUCAUUAAAUAUUUCUGGUUUAGAAAACCAGUACACUGAGGCGCUGAAAUGGAUCAAAACUGAAAAAUGGGAAAUCAAAAUAGAAAAUUUAACCUUGGGCAACGGCGAAAUUUAUGUCAAACUAAACAAAAGCUGUUUAAUUAACAGCGUAAUCAGAGAUGCAAUUAAAUUAAACGAGUUCUAUGGAAAAAGAACCGACGGUGGUAAUUUUUUCAUCAAGAUAAAUGAAGACACAGAAUCAAGUUUGACUACAACGCGAUUGAGGCUGCUGAAAAAUACCUGCGAAAAUGUUCUGAAGGCUCUUGGAUACGCGAUAGAAGAGAACGCGGAGCAUAAGUUGUUUUUGACGACCAAGUCACAAGGAAAAAUUGAAAAUGGGUUUGACAGGUGUCUGUGUGGAGUUGUCAAGAAUCCUGUCAGUAAUGCAAAAGAAACUGGGCUGAGUUACUCUCAGUAUUUGGAACAGAAGAUAAAGCUUGUUAGAGAAGCCAACGAUUCUCGGCCGGUUGAUGAAAUCGAGGACCAGCAGUUGGAGAUGAUUGCACAAGCUGUCAUCACUUUUGAGUUCAUGAGUGUCAAACCUAGUCAUCCUUGUUUCAUCAAAGUCGAUUCGGAUGCUGAUAAAGCUGGCACUUGCAACCGUGGAGGGACUUUUGUUUUGUAUAACUUGGCAAGGAUCACUAAAAUUCUAAACAAGUUUCAGUAUGAAGUUGACUCUGGAAAGUAUCCAGAGUUGUGGGAUAUUGAUAAAGUUGACUUACAUUUAUUGGAUUCAGAGGAAGAAUGGAAUCUUAUUUAUAAUUAUAUUUAUGAUUAUCCAUUUAUAUUAAAACGGAUAAUAGAAAUAGAAGCUAAUGGUCACUGUAAAAUACAUCCACAACUUCUCAGCGCGUUUUUAUUAAACCUCUGCCAAAAAUUCAGCAACUAUUACCGAAGAUGUAGAAUAUUGACAGAUGGACGUUCACAGUUGCUACAAGAAAUGAUGAGACGCAUCUAUUUAUUAAAAGCCCUCCAAAUAGUUUUCACUAAUGCUUUAGAAAUUCUAAACAUAACUCCAAUUUCCAGAAUGUAAAUUAUUUUUUAAAAUAUAUUAAUUUAUAAAAUACGCAGAAAAUUAUUUAUUCACCCAGACAUUUGUUACAAUUGGGCGUUUUAUACAAAAAUUUUGAA